UUCUUCAACACUCGCGUCCUGCGGAUUUUGGUUCAGAUCUGUGGAAAAAUUUGAUUUACAUUUUCUACAAAAAUUGUAACUUCUUUAAAUGCAUUGGAUUGUUAAUGUAAUUUAACGUUAUUAAGCAUCUUAGUUCAAAAAUUUUAUGAAGACUCCGCGUUUUUUUUCCAAUCUAGUGAGAAAUUUGAGCGGGACGAACCAGAAGUAUUCAGUGCCGUGUAGAAGACAUUUGCAAUAUUUUGUUCCUAGUAGGAUAGAAUACCGUCGUUUAGCAAUGCCAGAAGUUCAAAUGAGUAACACCUUCCAAUACCCAGAAGCUAGGCGUGAUGAUUCGGUUGUGGAGGAGUUUCAUGGAAUUAAAAUAUCCGACCCUUAUCGCUGGCUCGAAGAUCCGGAUUCCGAGGAAACACAAGAUUACGUGAAAAACCAAAACAAGAUAUCGCAACCGUUUCUGGAAGAUUGUGAUGAAUGGAAAAAACUCAACCAGAAGCUGACAAAACGUUGGAACUAUCCUAAAUAUUCAUGUCCGUUCAAGCACGGGAAUCGAUAUUUCUUUUUUAUGAAUACCGGAUUGCAAAAUCAAGAUGUUCUGUACGUGCAAAACUCACUUGAUGACGAACCGAAGGUUUUUCUGGAUCCCAAUACCUUAUCGAAAGACGGAACGAUUGCUCUUGUCGGCUCUCGCUUCUCGGACGACGGAAAUCUGUUUGCGUACGGCUUAAGUCAGAGCGGAUCGGACUGGACAACGCUGAAGGUGCGAGACGUCAAUACGGGUAAAGACUUUCCGGAAGUCUUAGAGCACAUGAAGUUUGUCACCGCCUCCUGGACGAAGGACAACAAAGGAUUUUUCUACUCUCGUUAUCCAGUGGUGGAAGGAAAAGCUGACGGUUCGGAAACGGCAGCGAACGAAAACCAGAAACUAUACUACCACCGCGUUGGAGAGUCACAGGACAAGGAUGUCUUGAUUGCUGAGUUUCCGGAGGAACCUUCGUGGAGAUUACAGACUAAUGUAUCUGAUUGCGGAAAGUAUCUACUACUGUUCAUCAUGAAAGCCUGCAAGGACACGUUACUGUACUUUAGCAAUCUGGAGGGUUCCGAUGCCAUCAAGGGAAAGCUAGAUUUUGUCAAAGUGGUAACUGAAUUCGAUAGUGAUUACGAUUACAUUACCAAUGAGGGAAGCAUUUUUUCCUUCCGGACGAACAAGAAUGCACCAAACUAUAGAAUUGUGAACAUUGAUUUCAACAACCCUGGAUACGACAAUUGGAAAACUCUGAUUGAGGAACACCCAAAAAAUGUGCUGGACUGGUCCAACUGCGUCAACAAGGACAAAAUAGUGCUAGGUUACAUUGACGAUGUCAAAUCGGUGCUUCAGGUGCACAGUUUGCAAGAUGGUAGUUUUAUUUCUAGCUUCAAAAUAGAUAUCGGCACAAUCGUAGGGUUCAGCGGCGAAAAGAAGUAUUCGGAAAUUUUCUAUCAUUUCGUGUCCUUUUUGACACCAGGGAUUAUUUACCAUUUCGAUUUUGCCAAAGAAAAGGCAGAGCCAAUCGUUUUCCGUGAGGUUAAGAUCGAAGAAUUCGACAACAGUUUGUAUAAGGUGGAACAGGUUUUUUAUGAAAGCAAGGAUGGGGAACGUAUUCCUAUGUUUGUAGUGCAGAAAAAAGCGAGCAGCAAACAGGAACAAAAACCAUGUCUGCUUUACGGUUACGGUGGUUUCAAUAUUUGCAUUCAACCAUCGUUUAGUAUCACAGGUUUAGUUUUUAUCGAUUCAUUCGAUGGAAUUCUUGCUUACCCUAAUAUUCGUGGCGGCGGUGAAUACGGAGAACGUUGGCAUAACGCUGGACGAUUGCUAAAAAAGCAGAACGUUUUUGAUGACUUCCAAUAUGCAGCCAAGCAUCUGGUGGAGAGUGGCUUUACUCGUCAUGAAAAAAUCGCGAUUCUUGGCGGUUCGAACGGAGGGUUACUGGUCGGAUCAUGCAUUAAUCAGCGACCUGAACUGUUCGGGGCCGCAGUUGCUCAAGUGGGUGUCAUGGACAUGUUGCGUUACCACAAGUUUACCAUCGGUCGUGCUUGGAUGUCCGACUACGGUGAUGUUGAGGAAAAGGAGCAUUUCGAAAACCUGUUCAAGUAUUCCCCUCUUCACAAUGUUCACGCUCCGAAGUCUCUGGAAGAGCAAUAUCCAGCGACACUUGUUCUGACGGCGGAUCACGACGAUCGAGUUAGUCCAUUGCAUUCGCUGAAGUUCGUUGCAGCACUGCAUCACGCCAUCAAGGAUUGUGAGUUCCAGAAGAAUCCGCUGUUGCUGCGAGUUUAUAGCAAAACAGGGCACGGAGCCGGUAAGCCGACGGCUAAAAAGAUAGAAGAAUCAACCGACAUAUUAACGUUUAUGUUCAAAACAUUGAAACUGAAGUUGACCUUCUGAAGGCUGCCGCGAUCGUUUCGUAACAUUUUUAUUAGCUUUCGUAUGGCCAUUAUCUUGUUUGUUUUGACAGUUUUAUAUGUAGCCUAAUGAUUUGUAUUCUUAUAUUUACUCGGUAUAAUAGUCAUCGCAAUAUCGUAGUAGAGAGAAUCGAAUUAAGGUGAAAUAGUAGAUUUUGUACUGCUUGAAAUAUGGUUGAAAUAAUAUGUUCUGAUUACAGUUGUAUAA